AAAACCUGCAUCGUGCGCUACCUGGAGACAAACAAGUACUGCCCGAUGUGUGACGUGCAGGUCCACAAAACCCGACCGCUGCUGAGUAUCAGAUCUGACAAGACCCUCCAGGACAUCGUGUACAAGCUAGUCCCUGGGCUUUUUAAAGAUGAGAUGAAGCGGCGGCGCGACUUCUACGCAGCGUACCCACUGACUGAGGUCCCCAACGGCUCCAAUGAGGACCGCGGUGAGGUCCUGGAGCAGGACAAGGGGACCCUGAGCGAUGACGAGAUCGUCAGCCUCUCCAUCGAGAAUGGCCCCCUGCCCCUCAAGUACCGUGUCCAGCCGGCCUGCAAGCGGCUCACGUUGCCCACGGUGCCCACCCCCUCUGAGGGUACCAACACCAGUGGGGCCUCCGAGUGUGAGUCCGUCAGUGACAAGGCUCCCAGCCCCGCCACCCUGCCGGCCACCUCCUCCUCCCUGCCCAGCCCUGCCACACCCUCCCACGGCUCUCCCAGCUCCCAUGGCCCCCCAGCCACCCACCCUACCUCCCCCACCCCCCCUGCCACAGCCAGUGGGGCCUCGGCCAGCGCCAACGGGGGUGCCUCAAAUUGCCUGCAGACUACAUCCUCCACCAGCAGGGGGCGCAAGGUGACUGUCAACGGAGUGCCAGUGCCCCCCUUGACUUGAGGAGGGGCCCUCCUUAGCAGCCCCCUCUCCACUUUUCUGGGCCCCUUUUUUCCAUCACUUCUACUCCCCAGCUCUUCCCACCUUAAGGGUGGGAGGCGGGUUUUAUAAAUAAAUCUCUAUAUAUAUGUACAUAGGAAAAACCAAAUAUACAUACUUAUUUUCUAUGGA